AUGCAAUAUUGCUUCGUACCGGUGUUCUCCAGAUGCAGUAACUGCAACUUAUACUUAGCUACUAUAUUAAGAAUAUAUCGAUGGAUUUGUAACUUUUUUUGUUGUAGUGUGAAGGUAUCUAUUUUACUGACAUUCAUUCAAUCGGGAGUAUCUUUAAGAGAAAUGAGACGGAGGGAAUUAUCUUUUUUAGUCAUAUUAUGCUGUAUACUAACAUUUACUGAUUGUAUAGUGCAGAGUGAUUCAAAUUACUAUUUCUUUAGAGCAGCAGAAUCUACAUCUACACUAGUAGGAACAUCUUAUAAUGGAGAAUAUGAUGCAGUAAAUGCACUCACGCCUAGUAGUAGUGAAUGGCGUUCUGCAAGUGGAUUAACAUCAGAUCAACAAGUAAUCUUUAUGGCAAACCUUCCUGCAACUGCCAGGGUUAUUGGUAUAAAAAUUAUUUGGAGUUUUAGUCCGAAAGAAACGCAAAUUCAAAUAUCCCCUGAUGGUAUCAAUUACCAUAUUGCUAUUCCAUUCCGUCACGCAACACAAAAUUUAAAAGAGUACACUGAAGAUUUUAUAUUUGAUCAUUCCCAAGACAUUAAAGCUAUAAAGGUUCAAAUGAGAAGUAAUAUAAACGAGUUCAUUGGAAUUAGACAAAUUGUUGCAAUAGGAAAUGGAUCACCUCUUGCAAUGAUAAUAUCUGGUAUAACUGAUCCAAAAGGUGAUAAUUGCCUACAAGUUUCUGGUGGCAGAAUUCAACAGGAAUUUGCACCAGUUGAGUUAGAUUCAUGUGUUUAUGGUAUAGCAGCCGGAGAUGGCCGUGAACUGUGGAAGAUUAGACCAAAUGGCCAAAUUGUCAGCGCCCUAAGUAAUCCUCCAAAGUGCCUAGCUGUUGCAAAUGGUGACUUAUCUCAUGAAUCUCCACUGGUAAUUCAAGAUUGUGAAUUAGCAGAACAGGCUCAAGAUGGUAGAUCAUAUUGGGAUUUUAAUGAUUUCUCUCAGUUGCAUGUAAAAGGAACAAAUGCAUGUAUUUAUCAAAAAAACGUAGUUGGAAAUAGUGUUGGUGUGACUAUAUUACAUCUUAAUGGAACUGCCUCUUCAGUUAUGGAUGCACUGCAUCUACCUGAGUCUGCUUUUGAUGGAGAUAUUGCAACUUAUUGGGUUUCUGCUGCAUUUGAUGACGCAUCAGAACAUAGGGUAGCGAUGGAUUUAUCAACUGGAAGUAAGUAUGAAAUAAGAAAUAUUCGAAUAGAUUGGGAAUUCCCACCAAUUUCAUAUGCAAUUGUUGCCAAUAUAGAUGGAAGUAUAACAGAAGUAACUAGAGUUGAAGGUAAUCCACUGAACAUAACUUUAAAUGAUAUGGGGGGUAUUACUACCAGUCAUAUUAGAAUAAUAAUGGAAAAACCACAUCCUCGAUAUGGAAAAUUUUCAGGCAAAUAUUUAUAUGGAAUAAGAGAAGUUGAAGUUUUAACUAAUAACUUGAACUCAGUUAUAACAUUUUGCAAAGAUGCUGCAACAAGUAAUGAUGCUAGAGAUAAAUAUUUUUUAAAUUACGUUGAAGAGUUUAAUGCAAAGGCAUCUGAUAUGGUUAAGAGUGCAGUAAGAGAUGUACUAUUAAGAACAAGGAAUCUUGGGUCUUUAAGUGAUAGAAUAAAUAUAUUAUUACCCUCAGUUGAAGAGUGUUAUUUUGAAAAAAGAGAUUAUCUUGAUAGAUUAGAAGAAUAUAGAAGUGAAGCAAAAAGGCUUACAGAAGAGCUGGAGGUAAUUCAAGGAGAUAGUACAGAGUAUUUAGAAAACAGACAAAUGGGUGAUGUAUUUACUAUUCCAGCUGAAGAUUGUUAUGCAAUAGCUGCAAAAAAUCCAAGUGCUGUUUCAGGAUUUUACUGGAUUUUACCUCGAUGUGCUCCUGAACCAUUAAGAGUGUGGUGUGACAUUAAGCAUGGUGCUUCUUAUUACAUUUGGAAUAAUAAUGCUAUACCAGGAAUGUCAACAUUUAUCUCAUCUGUUUCAGAUAUAAGACGUUCUUGUUCUCAAGUUGGUUUGGAACCACUAGUGCUACAUAGUGCAGAACAAAUUACUAAUAUAAGAAUAGCUUUGAACAAAAUGGGCUUUAAAAUAACUGAAGGUAGUGGCAUACCACUAGCUGUUGAUUAUGGCUGCAAUCAUGGAAAAUGUUCCGGGUCAUUCCAAGAUUUAAAUGAUGGAAGUAAUGACUUGUCAAGUUUGGUUUUAUCACUUGCUUCACCUGAAUCAACAGCUACAUCAUUAUUCGGAAAUGACGCAGUUGGUCUAGGAUUCAGUGAACAUUACUUGAGUUUUUUUGACUUAAAAACCUCAGAUAUAGUUGGAAUAGUAUGUUCAACAAAUGUCCUAUUAAGUCAAAAGCAAAUAAAUCAUGUGGAUAUUGAUUGUAAUACAGUUGCAUACAAAAACCCCAUUUUUGAAGGACCAAUAAAUACUAAUAUUGUUGUACAGUGUCCACCAGGUUGCUCAGAAUAUGAUACUCCUGUAUUCGGUAAUAAUGGGUUAUACUCAGAAAAGAGUUCUGUAUGCCGUGCUGCUAUCCAUUUUGGAGUGAUUUCAUCGGAAAUAGGUGGAAUAUUUAGUGUUGGUUUAGAAGGACCAAAAAAUUCUUUUGAUAGCUCAUUAAGGAAUGGUAUCAACUCCAAAAGCAUUGCUGGAAGUCCUAAUAGGAGUUUAAGAGUCGGUCCAAUUGCUAAAGAUUGCCCGAUAGAUAUAUUUUCAAAAUCACCAACUGCAUUUUAUCAAGUAGGAUUUUCGAAUACCUUACAAGACAAAAAAUAUGAAUCCUUACAUACAGAGACAACUUUACAUGAUGAACAAUCAUUUAUUAAAAGAAAUACGUUUGAAAUAAUUAAUACAAAUCCUUAUAUUGCAGAUAUUUUGAGAGAAGCCUUAAACUAUAUUGACGAAUCUUAUGGAAUAGAUCCAUUGAUAACUACAGCAACUCAGGAACAAUCAAUGGUAGCUGCUACAGAAUUGAAGAAAAGACUUAAGCCAGUCGAGUCCUUAGUGAAAAGUCAAUCACCAAAAAUUUUAGAUGUAGUUAAUGAAGUUGAUGAUAUAGCAAACGAUCUACUGAAGGUAACAGGAGUAUAUCAGUCAAUUCUAAAGGAGUUAAUUGAUAAAUUAGAUGAUGCGGAGUCAAUUCACUCUUCUCAAAUUGGCUUUCAAAGCUUUAAAUUGGACUAUAAGGAAAUGCCAUUUGAACAUACAUUUUUGGUCUACGAUAUGCCAAGGACACAACGAGGACCCAGUGACUGGGGAUACACAACUACUCCAAUAAAUGGAAGAUCAAAAGUUUUAGGUCAAAAUUCGCCAAUAUCUGGAUACUCAAAUCAUUCUCCUAGAGGUACAUAUGUACAAGUGAAAUAUAGGAGAUUUUUUGAUUUUGAUUUUAGUGUUGAUGUAUAUCCUCCUAUAUCUGGGGUUUUUGGAAUUGGAUUUAGAAUUCGUGAUUUUUCAAAUAUGUAUCUGCUUGAAUUUAAUCAAGAAGAAGAAACUGUGAGGUUAAUACGUAUGAAAGAUGGGAUAACAUAUAUUUUAGAUGAUCAAAGUCUUAGUUUAAAGGAGAAGGAAUUCUCUACAAUAAAAAUAACAGCUCAACGAGAUCGCAUAUAUAUAUUUAUUGGUAAUGUAAAUAUGAAAGUUUUAGAUGAAGGACUAUUGUCAGGUACAAUUGGAUUUUAUAGCAAUGGAGUUGCAGGUGGUGUUUACUUUGACAAUAUUGAAGUUCGUGCAAUGCCAUGCAAGAAAUUCUUCUUUUCUUCUCCACCUAGGUCUCCAAGAUGUUCUAACUUUAAGCAAUGCUACUUGUCAACUUUAGAAUCAAAUUUUGAUACUAAAAAUCAAGGAAAUAACUGGGAGUAUAAAAAAUUGUAUAAAGGAAGAGCAAAUGUAUUGAUGCAAUCUUCACCACUUGAUACUAGAAUAAUGUUAAAAGAGUCACACACAUGUAAAGAUGGAUAUUUUUCAUUUGACUUUUACCCAACUUGUGGUGAGGGCGUAGUUUAUGGAAUAUUUCGUUAUUUAGAUGGAAAUAAUUAUCACAAACUUGAGAUUAGGCAUAAAGAAACUAAAUUACUAAAACAAGAGGAUGGAUAUGAAAUUCAAUUAGCAUUAUCUAGAACUGGAUUCUCUUUAGACAGGUGGAAUACAUUAUUAAUUAAUUUUGAAAAGGAAGUAAUCUAUAUAUAUAAGACAAGCUAUAACGGUGAUAAUGAACUUUUACUUGUAGCCAACUCCAACACUACAAAUAAUGAACAUGGAAGAAUUGGCAUUGGUUCUUCAAAUUGCGCAAAUGUAGCAUUUGAUCAUUUAUCUAUAAAACCAUUCUAUGUCAACAUUAGGAAUGAUCAUUCGGGAUUAAAGCAGGAAGAUGAGGAAUCAAUCUAUUCAUCUUGCAUAGGUAAAAGACACACUCUGGAGAGGAAGGGACAUUGUGAAACAAUAUUUCACAAAUCUCAUCAAAAAGUAUCAUCUUGUUUGAGUAACUACUGCUCUACAUGUUGCAACUUCUAUACAAAUAUAUUAGAUAAAAAGUACUACGACAAUUGCAAUACAAAGUGCUCCGAAGAUAAUUUGACUGUAGAGGAUUCAGUCCGCAAUCAUGUAUUAUUAUUGGCAAAGUGCCUCUCCAGAACAGGGAAAAGUUUUGACUUGUGCUCAGAGAAAGACAAUUCAUGUGCAAAAAAUAUCUGUGAUCUGUGCUGUGAAAGUUCAACCAACAAUAUGAAUGUAGAUAUACAUCGCACUGUAGUAUCUGAUUGUCAAGCUCAGUGCUAUUAUAAAUUUGGAGGAAAAAAUGAAUAG